GCACAGUGCGCGGCGGGCGGCGGCGCCGGUGGGUCACGUUACGCAGCGCUCCCAGUCGCGUCACGGUAGCCGUCACGGGUAACAUCACCAGACCUCUGCGCCGCUCUCGGCACGUGCCGACUACAUCUGUCCCCGGAGAUCCAUUGGAGGCCGAGUUGGGUCCCAGGCAGCCUUGCGAGGCCGCCAGUCCAGUACGCUGACGGUCGCCGGACCUCCGCUGGUGACGGCACGUGCAGUCCUUUAGCCGACCGCGGCCGGGCGCUGAACCAGUCGCACACGACGUCGGAACUCGCCCGUCCGUCCGCACUUCUCCGCGAGCUCGCUCGGCGCCGUGACUGACGCGUGACGCACUGUGACACGUUGUGACGCGGUGUGACAGAGUAUCCAGUAUGGCGGAGACUCCUCUCCGAGUGGCCGUCUGCGCCGUGACCGCCCUGCUGCUGCUCGGAUGGUGCGCUCACGCUGUCGGCCCGGCUGCAGACUGCAGUCAGUUCACCAGCUGCCGAGACUGCGCAGACAGCAGCGCCACCUGCGCCUGGUGCAGUGACGCUAGUUCGGCCGACCGCCGCUGCGUGUCGCUGUUAGCGCCGCUUGGCCCCGGCGCCAGCUGCUCGCCGUGCGAGGAGGACCGGGUGCGGGUCGCGCGUGAGGUGGACACAUGCGAUGACUCCCGGUGCCGGGGCGUCGACGGCAGACUGUGCUCCGGCCACGGCACGUGCGACUGCGGCACGUGCACGUGCGAGACGGGCUACACGGGCCGCGUGUGCCAGAACUGCCCGUUCAAGUGGGACGACUGCCCGGGCAGCGAUGAAGCCUUCAGUAGCUGCUGUAGUAACAACAUGAACCACUGCUUCGACUGGCCGUCUCGCUGCGCUCGCUGCAUGCGUAACGAGCGUAACGUCACGUUAUGUGACAUGUGUCCGCGUGACACGCGUCUGGUCACCUCGGACCCGGGCGAGCCCCGCUCGGCAGAGUGCGUGUUCGACUCUGUAUCGUUCUCCUCCAACCUGCACUGCUCGUACCACGUCUACUACUGGCACGGCGAUCCUCCGGCGCUGGAACUUCACUCUCGCGUCCAGCUAGUAUGUGGAUCAGCCGCCGACAAGACCAUCUUCCCCAAACGGAAGGAGAAGGCGCGGCCGGCGGCUCCCAAGGCGCUGCCGACCCCUCUCCCUGCGACCACAGAGGCUCCUUCCAAAGCGCCGCAGCCGGCCCGGCCCCGAGCGCCGCCGGUCAAACCCAGAGAGGAGGCAGCAGCUGCGGGCACCACAGAGCGACCGGACGAAACGGCUAAACAGGCGGCCGGAGCACCGGCGGUGCUCUGCCAGAUGACAGUGCUCCUGUGCUCUGGGUGGGUGCUCGCAGGGCUGAGAUAGGUGCGACCAGCGUCCCUGAAGUACCCGUAGAGCCAGCGGGUCAGCGCUAGUGUAGAAAUGUCAGGAUAAAUCAUUCCGGUUUGAUGGCGAGCAAGUAGUGCGCAAACCAAAACGCUGUAGAUCGUGGAUCAUUUCAACAGUGUAAGGAGCGGGGAACUUGCGCCACGUGCACGGUACACCAUGCCCGCCCCAUUCCUCCGUCCUCGUGGCACGUGUCAGCCCACGUGUGGCGCACCUCACACUCGCCGACCAAGUACCCACGUGUUUUCCACGUGUUCCCGGCCGAAGAUUGGUAAACUGUGUGCCUUCAGAGUUGCCUUACGGUCUUUGUGGGGUGACCCAGUGUAUCCAGAGGACCUGUUGUGUAGCUACGGGUGGGGCAUAAGGCUGUGCGAGAGGGAUUUUGUGGUACUGAAUGCCGGGUCACACCCGACCAGCUUGUGUUUUAUCGUAAGCUAGCUGAGUGGGACUGUUGUGUUUUAUUGUAACGAGGUGUCAGAUUGUGUCGGAGUGUGUCGGCCGGUGGAAUUAAGGCAGAAUGUGCCUUGUUUUUAUUCCGCAGGCGUACCAGCACAUGAAUUAUUAUUGUUUAGUAUCCAGUAGAAAAUGGGCCAAGUCCGAGUGUGGGUGAGACAAUCACUGAAUGACGGAGGUGAACCCUAUGGUCCUCAAUGUAUGCACCAUGCGUCCGUUGCCCCACGGACUGAAGAUCCAGUGGUCUUCAAUGCGCCUUCUGCAGCAGGUCCAGCGUCGCCUGACAUGUGACAGCGGUGCACCAAUUGUGAGAGGCUACCGAUUCGGUGCACACUGCACAGUGCACAUUGUAUAACGGUGGUUUGGGACUUGCCGACUUGUUAGCGGCCGUGGUUACGGACUCAUCGUGAUGCCUUAUGCGGUACAUUUAGAGUACCUACACUAUAUUUAUAGAUGCAAGUCGCAGGCGCCCAUAUUGCUGUAACGGUAGGGUGCCACCAAUGCCAAGUCCGGAAGAACGCACUAUUCAUCCUCUCUGAUGGAGAGAGGUGAUGCAGAGAUGUGUCGAGGAGUACAUUCGUUUACGGAAUCUCUGCGCAGUUGGGUACGGAAUACGGAUGCACUGUUUCCAUGUGAAAAAGCAGCAAUAAAUACACCAAGUGUAGCUCAGCUGACUUGAUACA